AUGACUAUGGAUUUCCAUACAAACAAGAAGAUUUUGGAGGAAGUUGCAAUCAUCCCUUCGAAGCGUCUGAGGAAUAAGAUUGCAGGUUUUUCAACUCACCUCAUGAAGCGUAUCCAAAAGGGACCAGUGAGAGGUAUAUCAUUAAAGCUCCAGGAGGAAGAAAGGGAACGACGUAUGGACUUUGUGUCUGAUGAAUCUGCCAUUAAAACCGAUCUGAUUGAGGUUGAUAAGGAUACGAUUGAUAUGUUGGUUGCCCUUGGGAUGGGUGACCUCCCUGGGGUUGUGAAGGCGAUGGUUGAGCCUCAGGCGGUGCCAGUUGCCACUGGUUUUGGUAGGGUGGUGGUGGUGGUGGUUUUGCUAAGAGGUAUUGAGAAGCGAGAAGAAUUGUUAGGUGACUUUUUUUCAUAG